UCUUGAGUUCCGACUUCUUAUCAUUGUGCCAUUAACUUACUAGCAGAGCAGUGAGGAGCAAGUUCCUGUUUCAGACACAUCUAAAAAAGUGGGAUUGACAGAAAACUGGGUAACACAGAGCUAGUGAACUGACUGCUCAUCUACAGGCAACAUGGUGCGCCCAGAUCUCCUGACUAAGGAUGACGUAUAUUGCUUUUCUCUAGCCAAAGCUCUCUAUUAUGUCACUACCCCUGUAACAGUUGGAUUUUAUGCUCCAUGGGGAAGAAGGACAGAUAUCCUGCUGAGUAAGGUUGAAUCAUACCUAAGGGCAGAAACAUUUAGAAAAGAGCAAGAGGAAUUGAAGAGAACGGGACAAAGGACCAGGAAAUGUUCUGGAAAGGAUCUUUUAACACUUCUCUUCCUCAUGAUAUUUCACCACCCUGUCAUUACAGAAUGGCACAAAGAAAGGCAAAAUAUACAGUAUGUUUUCAUUAGAUUUAGUGCUUGGGAAUAUGCAGGUAGUGAUCAACUUUGGGCUGGUCUAGUCACUACCCUCUGUGAUGGCAUUGAACAUUUCUUUGGGCUGGCUCCCAUAAGUGUAUACAGAGUGGUAUGCAAGAAAACCAAGAUUAUAGAUGCUCCUCUUAAACAGGAAUGGGUCAAUAAGAGAUUUUUAUGUAUUCCCUUAUGGCUUGCAACCAUUAUGGUAAUUUUGUUGGGAAUUGGCGUCGGUGCUUUGAUACUGAUCUUUGGUUUUCCAGUUGGGGACGUUUCUGGAGAUGUGCUGACAGCUGUUGAAAGUGUUGGAGCAACAGUGGUCGGCAUUUCUGCUGCUGGAGUUCUACGAGCAGCUGUUUUGGUGAUCAAGAAUACAAUUAUCACUCAAAAAGGCAAAGUAGAACAGAAAAUGAAUCGAACAGACAUGAGCUCUCAACUGGGCUUCAUGAGUGAUGUUAAGAGAGAAGUUAAGAUUAUCACUCGUUACAUUCAACUGAUAGAGAUCUUCCAACGACGGAAAAUCCGAAUUGUCCUAGAAAUCACUAACUUAGACAAAUGCCUGCCGGAUAAGAUUGUAGGAGUGUUGAAUGCAAUGAAUAUCCUUCUGUCUGACCCCAACGCACCAUUUAUUUCAGUUCUUUCUGUGGACCCAAGCAUAAUUAUAGACUGUGUGGAAAACUCAGAACUUCUAAAAGGCAUAGGUAAUAAUGGAUAUCGGUUCUUAAAUCGCAUAAUUACAUUACCUUUUUCUGUCCCCAGAAUGGACUGUGACACCAAACUGUUACUUAUGACACAAAUUAUUCAGGGCAAGGAAGCAUUGACUGGAGACAUGGAAGAAGAAGGAGACAUCAUACAAGCCACUUCACAAACACCUAGUGACAUAGAUCAGCUGCUUCGGCGCCGCUCUUUAAAUGGUAGCAGUGACAUUCCUUUGAUGGUCACCAGCCAUGAGGAGUCAGGGCAAUCAACAACGCUAUUGCCAGAGAAACUUCCAAAGACCAAAGAUUUGAUAGCAAAAGCAUUUCAAUACCUUUUUCAUGACACUUUAAAGGACUACAUUACAGAUAAUGUCAUUCAUAUUAGGAGAAUGGUGAACACUAUUAUCAUCACCAUUAGACUAAUGAUUAGGAGUGUGCCUAGAAGCAAAAUAAAUCCAAAAAAAGUAACAGAGUGGGUGCUUCUUGCCACCCAGUGGCCCUGCCGCCUUAGUUGGAUCCUACAGUGCAUUGAAGAUGAACAACAGAAAAUGAGCUUGGAACAAAAUGGAGCACAAAACAAAUCACAGAAAUACUCUGGGUUUUUUUUAUGGGAUGUCUAUGAGAAAUCCUUGGAGGAGCUAGAUGCAAUUAAAAUCAACAUUACACAUCUUCUAGACCUAGAUGGUGAUCCUGAACUCUUCCACAAACUGAUAAAAGACAACUUUACAGUGAGUGAAGCAAACUUCUUUUUGCCUUUUACUAUUAACUUAGAUUACUCCAUGAAGAGACAGAUGGAGCUUCUGAGAGGCAGUAAUAAUCUUUGGGAGGCCAAAAAGUCCCGCAGACUGACUACAUUGUCUUUGCUAAACAUGAGUGUAGAAGAUGUGUGCAUAGAGAUGAACAAGCUUGGUUUCAAAAAUAAGAUUCUUCAAAAGUAUCAAGACAAAAUACGAACACACAAUCUGAAUGGCAGAGCCCUUGUUUACAGUGAUAACAAUGAGAUAAAAGAAGCUUUGUGUAUGGGCUUAGGAGACUGGACCCUUUUCAGUGUUUACUUUUUAGGUGUAAUGCCACCACCAGCUGGCCCUACUUUUUCUGCUGCAGCAAGUACUAUCCAAAACCCUCUCAGUUGUUCAGGAUCCAGGGAAAACAUGCUAAAGGCAAGCAGACCGACCCUUUUCUAUCCAACAGAUGAGCUGGACAAGGUGGAUUUGAGCUGAUUAACUGCCUUCAGCUCUCCUCUGUUAUUUCCACUGACAGGUAUAGGAUCUGCAUGUUAACAGAUUUUGUCAUAAAAAUGCACACUUUCUUUACCAACAUCCACUCUGUGGACUCUUUAUAAUAUAAAGCAACCACCAAAAUUGUGCCACCAACACCACCAUUCACCUGUACAAUACAGACUUAGCAGGAUAUUCGUAAGGGUUUUUGUGGAAAAGGUGGCCCAUUUUGGUCACCUUAGGUCUAUACAGGAGAUUAAUAUUGGGAAACAUCAUCUGGCUACGGUUAAGAUUUAGAAUUUUCUCUUGGCAAAAAUAUUUUGUAUUGUGGUAUAUAAAUAAAAAUUGAAGCUGGAAAAUA